AUGACCGUUCGAAAUGAGCUUGGCCCAUUCAUUCGGAACUACGAGUUGCUAUCCUAUCCUACCCGGAGAGCGAGCAACGACAGCGUCCGAAGGGUGAAGCGCGGUGCAGAGCAUUGGUCCAACGCUGAGCGUGUUCGUUUCAAGGCACUUGGAAGAGAGUUUCGCCUCGUACUGCACCCUGAUUUGUCUUCGUUCUCCGAGGACUUCGUCAUGACCACAUCGGGAGGUGCUGUGGACGUUGACCUUUCGCACAUCUUUUCCGGCCAUAUAGAAGGUGAUCCGGGCAGUCGGGUAUUUGGUUCUGUCGUGGAUGGUGUAUUCCACGGGCGCAUCAGCGCAGCCAGCGGGCACACCUUCUACGCCGAACCAGCCUGGAUGUAUUCCGCGUUACAGGAGAAGGGACACACCGUCUUCUACUCUGAAGAAGACGUGCGAUUGCCGGCACAGCUGAGACCGCAUGGCGGAUGCGGCUUUGACCAGCUGCAGACAUAUAUGCACCGACAGAACGUCGCAACGGGAGCUAGCGCGCCAUUCCAGCACUUAGACGAGACUCCUAUGAAGCUGGAAAUGGAUAAUCGAUGGCGUCGCCCCUACCAAAAUGGCGGGAAGCGACGCGUCCGGCGUUCCCCUGACUACGCCGAUCCGCCCCCUGGCAGCAGGCGCAAACCUCGGUCUGGCAAGGGCCGUCGCAGAAGCUCGCGCCAGGAGUCUACGCGACGAGUGUGCCAUAUGCAGGUCGUCAUAGAUCACCUGCUGUACCAGUUCUUCAUGAAAGGGGCGGAUGACAAGACCGCUCGCGAGCGCAUCACUUCGAUGAUUGGCACACAUAUGGCGUCCACAAACUUAAUAUACUCCACUACCGACUUCAAAGGGAUCGUUGGCAUGCGCUUUGUGAUACAAGACCUUAGGAUUAACGACACCAGCGCCUGCGAGGGUGCUGAUGCGGCGAGCAACCCGUUCUGCCGGAAUGACCUGGAUGCCAACCUUAUGCUGCAGCUAUUCGCGUUGGAGGAGCGCAACGACUUCUGCCUGUCGUACGCGUGGACCAACCGAGACUUGGGUGAAGGAACUCUGGGACUCGCUUACCUGGCCUACGCUAGUGAUAAGCUGGGAGGUGCGUGCGAGAAAUUCCGGUCUGUAAACACCCGCGAGGGCAUCCGGCGCAUGGCACUGAACACGGGCGUCAUAACGCUGUACCUGCACGGUGGACCAGUUGCGUUGGCCGUCAGCGAAGUCACAGUCGCACACGAGAUCGGCCAUAGUUUCGGCGCAUUGCAUGACGAGACACCCGAGUGCGCCCCUGGUGGCGCCAAUGGCAACUACAUAAUGUUCGCCCGGGCAACGACUGGUCGCCAACCAUUCAACCGGAAAUUUUCCCCCUGCAGCAUACGCGGCAUUAGCGCCGUCUUAUCUGCCAUCCUCAACGGCCUCUACGAUAAGGAAAACUGUUUUCUGUCUCACCAGGAGUCCUUCUGUGGCAACAACGUGCGCGAGGAGAACGAAGACUGCGAUUGCGGCUACAACGAGAAAGACUGCCACGACCUGUGCUGCUACGCGCGCAAGAAUUCGCAACACGUUCCUGGCUGCACGCUGCGUCCUAACGCACAGUGCAGCCCUUCUGCUGGAAGCUGCUGCAGCACGGACUGCCACUUCGUCAGCGCGAAUCAGCAGUGCUCUGCGGAGAACGAGUGCAAUUACGCUUCCUUCUGCAGAUAUCCUUCGCUAAACGAGUUUUCAUUCCCGGGCCAUAUUUGCAGUCAGCAGGUUUUGUCCCGCCGCUCAGUUUCUCUUGACGGGUCGGCAUCAAAUGAAACGCUUACGGCGGUAAACAUUCGCAAUGAUGCAGUGCGCGCCGUCUAUGGACAGGUGAUCACCGGUGUGGCAGCGCUGUGCCCCGAACCGCGGCACAAGGCCAACCUGUCCGAGUGCAAUCGUGGCACGCAGGUGUGCCUGUCGGGCCGUUGUGAGGGCUCCAUCUGCCAAAAGUACGGCUACGACGACUGUCAACGCAGCAGCAGCGCUGGCUCAUCGCUCAGUCCCGCCGACAUGUGCCUCGUGGAUUGCAUGCGCGCCGGCACUGACGGACACUGUGUGGGCACCUGCAACGAGCCCACGCUGUCAUCGCUUUGCGGACGAAAACGCGAGCGUGGAGCUGCGUGCAACCAGAACCGCGGAUACUGCGACGUCUUUCACCGCUGUCGCACCGUCGAUGAAGACGGACCGCUGGCGCGCCUCGAACAGUUGCUCGUGCCGAACAGGCUGCGGGAGUGGUUCAAGCGUUACACGUGGCUGGUCGCGAUUCUCGGCGUGCUCUUCCUGAGCGGCGUGCUUCUCUUUAUUCGUUGCUGCGCCGUGCUGACACCCACGAACAACCCGGGUCUCCCGAAGGCCAGGACCUUAAGGGAGAGCGUGCAGCGGCCGAUGGAAAUUUUUACGAACCUGUACCAGUGCAAAACGCAGCGCCCAGUGACAAAGGGCCUUAUCUCAGCAGACAUAAGGAUCGCCAAAUCUCUGGGCCAAGUUCAACGCGUCUUCCAAGUCCACUUCCGCUGA